UGUCAUCCAGAAACAGUUUGUGCAACAUAAUAAGCAGAGAUUGUUUAGUGUUUUGGUUUGGUUAUUUCUCUGCAUUAAACAUAGAGAAAAAGACGAUUGCAAAGAUAUAUAUUGAAAAGGUCGAGAGCGGUGGAAAGGUUCGUGAAAAACAGUGCGCAUCCGGUCCGAAAGAGCGGUCUGCGUCCGGAUCCGAACUGCAGAACGGGCCCCGUGUGAUGAGUCUGGGUGUGGAUUAUUGCACAGCACACAGAUAAAGAGGCAGCCACAGAGAGGUGGAGGUGAACAACAACAACAACAAAAAAAAAAACAAGUGAGCAGAGUCUUAAUAAUAAUAAUAAUGGACUCUGAAAGCGGCAACCAGAAUGGCAGUCUGGACGCGGAGAAGCUGAACCUCAGUCUGGACAUGGGCGACGACAUAAAGUUGGAUGAGGUGAACUACGAGAGUGACCUGUCUUCGAGCAGUUCAGACAGCUCCAGUGCCCCGAGCAUAAGUUCAGUGAGUUCUGCCUCUUCGGGUGGCAAGGGUAGAAGGUCCAGACACAAGAGGGGUCACUCCAAGGAUAAGAGUCCUUCGCCGGCAGCGAAAAGAGCCAGGUCAAAGGAUGCAAAGGCAAACAAAUCAUACGAUUAUCACACCAAAUUGAAUUACCUGUUUCGGGAUGCCAGAUUCUUUGUCAUCAAAUCGAAUAACCCAGAGAACGUGACCUUGUCGAAAGCCAAAGGGGUAUGGUCGACGUUGCCACAGAAUGAAGCUAAUCUGAAUCAUGCUUAUAGAGAGUCCAGAAAUGUGCUGUUGAUUUUUUCGGUGAAGGAGAGCGGAAAGUUCGCCGGUUUCGCGAGGUUGCACGGAGAGUCCAGGCACGAUGUGCCGCCGAUUUCGUGGGUCCUGCCGCCCGGGUUAUCCGCGAAGGCUCUCGGCGGAGUGUUCAAGGUGGAUUGGAUCUGUCGCAAGGAGUUGGGGUUCAACAAUACGAUGCACCUGUACAAUCCGUGGAACGAGGGGAAACCGGUGAAGAUCGGACGGGACGGACAGGAGAUCGAACCGCGCGUGGCGGAGGAGCUGUGCAGAUUGUUCCCGGAGGAUGACGGGAUCGAGAUCACGCCUAUCCUGCGGUUGGCCAAAGACGCGUCCAAGAAGAACGGCGUGAGAAACAAUCGGGAUAACGUCCAGAGACAUCCGAAAUCGAGGAUGCCGAUUGCGGCAAGGACUUCCUCGUUCGGGUAUCGCGGUAGAGGCAGUUCGUACAGCAGAAGGAAGUUUUACUUGAACAGCAGAGGGUUGAACUCGUCGUCGAGCGCGCCGUACCGGAGGUCGACUUCGCCUAGGUCCAGAGACAGGUAUUCGAUGUUCUACGAUCACGAUCAUUCGGGACGGGCGGCCGCCGCUGAAGCCUACGUCGCCGACUACAUGCGCACCAUGCAAAACCAACUACCUCCUCUGCCACCAUACGUUCCUCCGCACGGCAUCUACGGCAGCGGCAAUUACGCGACGGGCCCCAGGUUCUACGAUAAUCUGCCCGACUACCUUCCCUCCCGAGGAAGCGGCUACUCCGACAAGAGAUCCUACGACCGAUCGGUGGACGAGUUCCUCUGGAGGACCAGCGACCGAUCCCGGGAUCGUGACCAUCGGGAGAGUCGUAAUCGCUACCGCUAAAACCCCACUGUCGAGCGAACUCCAAAAAA